AUGGAAGCUCUACGAAAGGCGACUGAAAUCUGGGAAAAUAACACCUGCAUCAGGUUUAUUCCCCGGACAAAUCAGUAUCGUUACGCCUACAUCUAUUACGGUCCCAAAGGGUAAGAGAUCUUUUUUGAAGCUUACGUUUUGUAAUCAAUAAUUUUUUGGAUUGACUGCACUGCAAUAUGAUAAAAUGAGAUGCAAUAAUAAAUAAAUAUCUUCUCACGGCAGUGGGAGAAAGAAAGAGUCUUGGGUCUCCGGUAUGAUUCGAACAUAUGACAUCCCAGAAACUUGGUGGGCGCCCUAUCCAACUUAGACGCGGCGGAGAGACCUCCAGUGGAACAAGGCCAGUUACUUGGAUUAUAAGUUGUAGGCGUCUUGCAAACUGCUAGGAUCAGCUGUUUGGAUAUGUGAAAAAAACAUACGUGAAAAAAGAAUUCAUAACAUGCUGAUAAGACUGUUCACGGUCCCUGAUUAUUUGUAAGAUUGUCAGGAACAACCGCCUACCGGCCACCUUCCUUUCAAAUGGUUUAAGGCGGUGGGCCGAAACCAAGAUGGCCACCCGCAAUCGUGGCUGCUCGAUCCAGACAAUCCUAAGGAAAAAUGGGGGCCGGUGAACAGUCUCCCGUGUGAUCAUCAGACUGAGCCUAAGGGUCAUAUCUCGUGGUAUUAAAAUUCAAUCCUAUAUUUCGUGAAAAAAAAAGGUCUUUUAAAAAUCUUCGAAGAAUUUAGAGCACUGGAAAUUGAUGUACCCACGUAUCGCUGCUAGAAAGUUAUGACCAAUGAUUUAUACCCUGGCACAAUUUUUACCACCUGAUCUCAACAGGCUUCUGUCUCAAAAUAUGGAAACGUCGAAUGAUAAUCACCGCUGUAUUCACAAACGGUAUUCUUCUUUUAACCGCUAUGUAUCAUUCUCUAUCCUGUGAUAUGUAAUCUUUAUCUGCCUCUCUACCUCCUUUAAUUUCUUUGUGCCGCUACCUCGGUGCCGCUUCUAGAUGGAUCGCCAGGAUUAUUAACUCUGUCCAGUGCUGUACUUCCAGUUUCUAAUCUAGUAAUGUUUUAUGUGAGCGACCUAUAAUUGUACAUUCGUAGCUCAAGUCCCAACCUCAGGUUUUGGGGAUUUUCUUUCUCUUAAAUGAUUACCUUCCACUCUAUUGGGCAGGUGAUCAGAGCUUUCUACCUCCUUGACAGACCUCGCUCUUGGGAUUCGAUCCCUAUCUCUAUGGGGGAAGGUUGGCUUUUGGGCGCCAACCACUCGUCACCGCACGCCCAGAAUCUGUAAGAGUACUCCCACGUCAUUCAUACUUAAGACAGGAACUUAGAUCGGUGGUGCUAUUUUGGACCCCUUCCAAACAAGGAGCAUUUGCUAGGGGCCGCGUGCACAUCCCCAAAUUCCGCCGACGGGCCAUAAAGAGGCCAAUGUUAAAUAAAUGCAUUUUUAAUUUGCCACGAGGGUAAAAAAAAAAAUAAAAUAAAAAACGGACAAAUUAAUACCUUUUUAGUCGAGUAGCAAGUGUUCCUGAGCGAACUCUCGCUAUAAUUCUACGCUUACCUCACCGAGUGUUUCUACGUAAAACAAAACCUAGACAGAAACUAGCCACCGUCAGUGACUGAUAUGCUUCCCUAUUUUUUUCAGUUGUAACUCUAAUGUCGGUGCACUUUGGAGCAAACCCUCAAAGGUAUCCCUUGGUUCACGCUGCUAUCUGGUUUCCAUAGCAACACAUGAGCUUGGCCAUCUCCUUGGUCUUGGACAUGAGCAAAACAGACCUGAUAGGGAUCAGUAUAUUGACAUUUUGUGGGAAAACAUCGAUACAGGUCACUUAUUUCAGUGCUUCAUAGUUACAUUUUCUUUUCUUUUUGUGUAGGAAUAGAAGUAUCACUUAAAACCAAUUAUAAUUAGGUUUUGAUUAUGGCGCAAUGUUCUCAUUAAGACCUGGCCUGGGUUGUUUCAACGUUAGAUAGCGCUAUCAAUUGGAUAAAUCACUAUCCAGCGGAUAAGUAUUUAGAAAACCAAUUGAACUAUCGAGCGGAUAACAUUAUCCACUUUUUGAACAACUGAGGCCAGAUGUUCCCUGUGACAAACUUGCAAAGCUAAAACUAACAGUCAGUAAUAUUCCAUCAAUUCCAAGGGUUUUCAGGGCGUGUCACUGUAUCUUGUUGCAAAAAUCCACAGCAAAGUAGAGUAGAAUAGGAUUUCCAGGAAUGACAGAGAUAACGGAACUUACAAGAGACGCCCUUUAAUCAAUCCUGGUUUCCAUAUGAUCGUCGAGAUCGUCCCGAUCGUUUCAAAAAAUUUCGAGACGAUCUAGACGACUGGGAGCCUUGCUAUCUGCUUUUUCUCUCGAUUUUGCGGCGUCGAGAAGCUAGAAGAGUUCCACGAAAACAUAGUAUCACGUCGAGAACUUGAUGUCACGGACUUUCUCUAGUUUCAAAUAGCGCCCAUACGCGGUGCGAACAUUUUUGCAUUAUUUUGUUUCGACUCUCGAUUACUGGUAAGAAAUAAAAGUGAUGCCUGUUUCGGGAUAUCCUUCGAUCGUCCCGAUCGUUUCAGUCGUCUGAGAGCGUUUGCAUAUGCCAAAUCGCUUCAAAAUUUACACGAUCGUCCGGAUAGAACUCAACUCUGUCCAAGCGAUCGAGGUCGUCUCAGUCGUCCGGGUCGUUUGCGAUCGUCCGGGUGGCGUUUCCAUGUGAUCGUCCAGAUCGUCUGAACAUUAUUUGAGACGACUUGGACGAUCCGGACGAUCAUAUGGAAAUCAGGCCUUUUAAAGCUUAAAAGUUAAAAAGUUAAAGUUGAAACUUUAAAAAGUUAAAGUUAAAACUUAAAAGUUCCAGAGGUGUCCAACACCAGUUUUCUAGUCUUGCUAAAACAACAUUUUUUUAAAAUUACAGCUAAACAUAGAAUCUUCAGAAAGAGUAGCCACUGGGUCUUCCAAAGUCUCGGAGUUCCUUAUGACUACAGUUCCAUAAUGCAUUACAGCCGCUACCAGUACUCCAAAAAUGGCGAACCAACAAUGGUAUCACGUGACCCUAACAUUCAGUCGUUUGGGGGUCUCAUCCCGAGUAAACUGGACAUAAAACAGGUUAGUCGGCUUGUCACGAAAUUUUUCCGUCAGUUGUAUAAUUGGCUAGUCUUGUCACAAACUUCCCCCAAAUAUUUAAUUGCUAGCCAUCCAAAUAGAGCAUAUUUUAGUUGACGGUCUUGUAGCUCUGGCUCUCGUACAUUGAUAAAGACCUAAAGUUGAUAAUCCAGCCGAGGAUGAAUGUAAAAGCUCAACUACUUUUCCUGCCAAGUUUGUUUUUUAAAACAAUUUCUUGUUUCUGUCUCAUUUCAGAUGAACCUUUUGUAUUCAUGCUCAGGUAUGAAUCAUUUCAUUGUAUCUAAUUAAUUAUUACAUCUCGAAUGGCUUUCAUUUCUGAAAAUUGAAGGAAGUAUCUCACUACCAUUGUUCUUGUUCCAGAAAUUCCUCUUUUUCCAAAACAUUUCUCUCUGCGAUCAACUUCCUCUCCAUAUCUGAACUGUAUUGCAAUGAAUCAGUCACAGGACACAGAAUGGGGAGUUAAAUAUUUGUGCUACAGGACGAGCAUGAAAAAACUACACUUAUCAUGGUCGUCUAAUGGUCCAAUUGGUGGACAGGAUUGUAUUAACACUGCCAUGCCUUAUGAACGUACUGCCAAGCUUUGGAACAACAGUUUCCUUUGCUUACCGCGUGACAGUUUGUUGAAGCUACGUUGGUCUGUAUCUGGGGAAUUGAAAGGAUGGGGUUGUCUGUUUAUGAGGAACGGGCAACACGCAAGGACAAGAUACUUUCUUUGUGGGAAGACCAAGUACGAAAAGAGCGGUAAGCUUGAUUUCUUACAGCCUGACCUUUCCUUUUUUAUGGGAUACAAAGUCUUUUUGAACAAUUAUUUCAGAGACCUCGUUGAUACAGGUAUGAUCAUCAUCAUCAUCACCAUCAUUAAUAUUAUUAUGAUUAUUAAUAAUCGGUCAUGAGUUUUGGGAAUCUUUAUCCAAAAGGAUUGAACUCAGUCAAUUUUCAACUAUCCAGGUCAGUGUAUGUGACUUACUGAAAAACAAAAUAUCCAGCCUUUUACGGACCAUUCAUAUUUUACAAUUGCGUCUGGUAUUUACUAUUUAAAUGAGAGCAGUAGAGGCUUUAAGGACAAAACGUCUGUUUACAAAAUCUGACUAAACGUUUGAUCAUUAAACAAAAAAAUGUUUCUUUAAUCUCUAAUCAGAUGGUGGCUGGUCCAAAUGGUCCUCUUUUGGCCCUUGUAACAAGAAGUGUGGUGGAGGAUUCAGAACACGCGUGCGAUCAUGUGACUCACCGACACCCAAAUAUGGUGGAGACCCAUGCAAUGGAAAUUACUACGAAACAAUUUCCUGUAACACCAAUCGUUGUCUUGGUAAACUGAUCAGUUCUUUUUUUGUCAUUUAUUUCAAAAUUCGUCGGUGAAGAGCACGAUGACAGACAGACUGGUAAAUCGACCGUUGAGUUAAGGCCCUUAUUGACAAGUUAACAGGCGUACGCUACACGUUUUUUACUGUUAUAACAGAUUUGUUUGAAUGUUAUUUUGAAGACCUGAUACAGAUAUGAUGGUCAUCAUCACCGUCAUUAUUAUUAUGAAUUAUUAUUAUUAUUAUUAUAAGUAUUAUUAUUAUCGGUUUUCAGUUCUGGGAAUCUUUAUCAAAGCUGAUUGAAUUCAGUCAAUUUUCAAAUUACAUCGUACCAGGGCCAGAACUAAGAGAUUUUGGAUUGUAGCCGAUUAUCUACUUAAUUGUUUGACUCUCGGAUUCUUACUAAGGAUAGACGCUUUUAACUCUUUCAGGGUUUCCAUCAUGGCCGCAUGAUUUCACGUUUAUGUUCAUAAGCUUCACUCCAAGACGAAAAAUGUGCAUCUCCAUAUAUGAGAGAUACCAGUAUAUUUACUGGGCAAAGGCCAAACUCUGCUGGGCCAGUACAAAGAGAUACAUUGACGUGCGAUGGUCUGAUAAGGGGCCUAUAGAAGACAUGCGUUGUACUCAGAUCAAACAGCAAAGCGGAAAGGAUCAAACUGGUGGCUGGGAAAACAAUUACCUUUGUAUUAGAAAUGCACCUUACAAGUGAGUUAAUGUAUAUAGGAUGCUUGGGGGAUUAGAGGACUUUUGUGAGAGUAAGGAAGAAAGCGUAAACUAAUCUUCGUUUCUGAGAUCUCCUCUUCUUAACCGGAAAUUCCCCCUGACGAACAGAUAAUUUCCGUUAUUUGACCUCAGCAGUGUCUAUAGCACUAAUGUUAGUGGGGCCGAGUGUGACGAUUUUUCAGUCUCAAACGCCAAACAAUGCAUCUUUCGGUGCCUGAUUUUGAUAGUCGAGUGUGCCUCACUUUCGUUGCUGUUCACUCGUUGCUGUUUAUUACUGGUACUUCUCUUUGAUGGACGUCUGUUCGUUUGUCUGCUAAAUAAAACAAGGGAUCUUGACUUAACCCAAAUUAUAUUCAGUUAGCAAUCAGAAUGAUCCCGUCGAGGAGCGCUCAUUUCCCAUCCAGGAUUGGUUAUCUCGUUUUGCGCGAAAAAGGCAUGGUGACUUCAGUGUAAAUACACUGCAACUUCCCAUGAGACCACGCGCUCCUCCUAAGUGUCGUAAGGGACGCUGGAAGGAGACGACAUGACCAGUUUGUUUAAAAUUUCGAGAUGAGAGGAGAAUGAAUUUUGGAUCGCAGGACUUGAGUUUAUAUUUUUUAAUACCAUCGCCCUUUAGUUUAAAGCUUAAAGUAAAAAAAAAUAUAUGUAUAUAUAUAUAUGUCUUAAUUUCAACAACUAAAGGGAGUAAAUUGUUAACGGCUGCAAUGUAAUUGUUCCGUACAUUCAGUUUUAGGUGGUCAACAAAUGGCCCUAUCAGAGGAUUGGCAUGUAUAAGAUGGCAAAAUAACGCGUUUGCCUAUCGAAACCUUUGGCAGAACAAUUACCUCUGCGCAGAAGAAUACCCUCGGCCAACACGGUGUAUGUUAGAUUCUUUGAGAGUAAAAAUAUUUAUCUUUUUUUAACGUGGAUAGAGUACAUAAGAAUUUAACUUCAGCAACAUUUGCCUACAAUUGACAAAUUGAGCGAGAGAAUGAUACUGGAUAGGGUUAAAAAGAACGCAAAUUCAUUUAAUUAAUGACCUUCUCACUGCCGUCGUGUCAUUUGCUUGCUGUUGUUUCUCGUUUACUUAAGGUGGCUGAACACAGUUUUGUGAGCGGUCAGCGGUAACUUGAGUGACGGAGUGUGUUUCAAAUCAGACAAACAAACAUGGCGGCGAAAAAGCAGUGGUAGACAGAAGACGGUUUCUCAAAAUCUACUCAUCAAAAUUUUCGAUAUUUGGCAGAAUUUUUACUUCUAUCGUAUUUUAAAUAAUGAGAAAUUUAAAAUGGAAGUUGAACAGACGAAUUUUGUGAUACUUUUAAUAAUUACAGUACAGUACUUUUAAUAAUUACAGUAAAAACAACCCGUCUGUUAAAAUUUGGUCAAAUAAGUUUCAAACGGUAAUGAUUAACCAUAGUAAGCUGUGUGAAAGUUUAUAGGAAAAUUAGGAAAAUCUAAUGAGCGAAUUUUAUGUAAACUGAGCAAAAGUGGAAUUUUAAGAUUGUAUUCAAUCGUUCAUGUUGCCAUGGAAACUACGAAAACGUCAAAUUUUACCUGUCAAUCAAAAUCUUUCAUCAGUAUAUUUUUCACUUGCCAAGUUUCAGCUUGUGGGCUGCAACCUUUCCUUUGCCAUGAUUUGGCACAAACUGCCAAAACUGUGUUCAGCCACCUUAAGUUAGACGGCCUUUUUUCAUACAUUUUAGUUCGCGUGACGUUAUCAAAAAAUUAUCUCUUCACCAUUCAUGGGGGAGCUUGCGUGUUUUAACGACGCUGUAAACUUUACCGGUGGGGGUUUAAGCUCCUGGCAGUUCCAACCAAGCCGGGCAGGUUACAGGGCCGGGAAGGGGACAGACUAAAAGCAGCACCUAAUCCUCCAGGUUUGGCGUAGGGCUAACAGCCCCAACCGGGAAAAACAAUAUCUUGUUACCAAAACUGCAACCAUACAAACUAUACAAACAAACCCUGGGUCCAAUAGGGUGAAAGCUUAGGAUAGUCCCAGUCCGGAUGAAGAAGAUGAGUGAGUGAGUGAUUUUUUAAGAAAGUAUACGUUCUUUUGACUGAAAGAAGCCGUUUUUUGAGUAACAUCACGUGGUCUGAAAUGAGUGAAUUAAGAAGCUCAUGUCAUUCAGUAUUUUGUUUUGUUUAAAAACAAAACAAAAUAACAAUAUCAUCAUCAUCAUCAUCAUCAUCAUCAUCAUCAACAACAACAAGAACCCUCUAGUUUUAAAAUGAACCCAAGCGCAAAAACUUUUCGAAUAUGUGAAAAUAUGAGUUUAUUUGUAUAAAAAUGGAAACUAAUUUUCACAUCAUUGACUUCAACUUACAUAUAUUCCCUCGUUUUGGGAAAGAGGCUAGAGACAACUCCGAAAUGGCUUAUUAUUUAUUAAUUAAUGCCUUUAUUUCAGACUAUAUGUAUUCUUGGAACAGUGAUAUAAUCAAAGGGAAACUGAAAAACCUUUUUAUAGUUAGUAUCAAUGGUAAAGAAAUACUAAGACCUGUUUGAUUUUUUCCUCUUUAGCUCUUAGCACAGGUUGCUAUCCAGGAUGGCGUUCUUUUAUCGUUAACAGCGUUCCAUAUUGUUACCUUUCCUUCCGCAACAAAGAUCGGACCUGGGAUGAAGCGCGGAAAUUCUGUGAAGAGAAGAACGCGACACUCGCCAGCAUCAAUAGCAAACGGGAACAGGAUUUUGUCAAACAGAUUAUCGCAGAUAGUGUGUGGAUUGGUCUUUACAAUAAACAAGAAUGGGAAUGGACGGACGGGUAGGAAUAGCGAUGAAAAGAACCACUUUCUUAAUGCUGACUAUAGCCUGUGUAGAUGCCAGUUACUAAUGUAACGGUUUAUAAAGGUACGGAAAAAGGGCAACACAAAACGUGCAACUUGUCUUGCAACAUUGCUGCAAAACAAGUUGAAUAGCGAUGUUGCGCGUUUUACCACCCAUGUUCAAACCUGUUAACAACCUGAUUUGUUGCAAGACAGGUUUUAUGUGGGUGGUAAAACGCGUGAUAUCGCUACUCAACUUGUCUUGCAGCAAUGUUGUAAGACAAGUUGCACGUUUUUUGUUGCCCGUUUUUCCGUACGUUAAAAGGCAGCAAAUUAAAGUUAUGAAAUUCAACCACAACAACAAGAGCACUAAUUGAUGACGCUAUUUCUACUUUUCCUAAUGGAGACGGGACCGUCAUUUUUCGUGGUCGUGGGAGCCACGCUAAGCCGGUCUAGCCGAUUGCAGGGCAAAGGAAGUACCUUUUUUUCUCAGUUAUUUUAAGAUACUGAGUAUUGGUCCGGCUCCAGGAAUUGAACCCACGACCUCCCGCUCUGCAGUCAAGCGCUCUACCGACUAAGCUAAUCCCAGUAGAAUAUAAGUUUAAAAUCUUAAAUAUCUUUGUUUGGUUUGUUUUACACUUAACGCAAAGUAUUUUAACCCUAACCAAAAAUUUUCGUUGUUAAACUUCUGUCAAGCUCAUCAAAUGGAUGGUGGUUUGUAUAAGCUCGACUACUGAAUGUCCCAUUCACACCAACUAAACAUGUUUCAUUAAACCAGGUUUUAAAGAAUGAAAAACAGGCCCAGUAAAUUGGAAUAUAGGGUUCACACAGGAUUCAAAUUAAAUUCAACAUGUUUUGUAAUUUGUACUAAAUUUGCAAUCAAUUCAGUUAGUUAGCAGCUUUCAUAAAGGAAAGAAAAUUCACACCAUGUUCAACUAAACAGCUUUUAAACAUGUUUAAGCUUCGAUAUGAAUGGGGCUUAAGUCAAGGUGGCACUUUAAGAGCAUGCUUGUUAUGACCACCUCCCUGAGGUGUUCCAAAGGCUCCUCCUCCUAAGUGCUCAGUGUUCCCUGAGCCUCCCUGGAUGAAGCCUUGUUGAUCAACCCCGGGGCAUAGUGAUCCCCACCUACUUUGCUGCAGCGUUUCUCGGCUUAGUAAAGCCUGCAGCUUCUGUAGUUCUCAUUGAUUUGCUGUGCGCACCGGGAGCAAAGUAACUGAUCAAAGGAAACUGAGCAAAGUAUCUGGUGCCAAAACCUUCAUUUGUUAGUAACUGUUGUGUCAUUCUGGUCAUUUCAGGAGCAACGUCACCUACGUCAAUUGGAGUGCUGGUGAACCCAACAAUGGUGGCACAUCUAAUGUGACUGAGGAGUGCGUGGUGAACAUCAGUUUCAGUGGAAAAUGGAAUGACUUCCCAUGUGACACGAAAUUUAACUUCAUUUGCAAAAUGAAAGCAGGUCAGUUG